GGCGUCCCCUGGAGAAGCUGCUGCUUGCAAGAGUAGUUCCGCUCUGGAGCGGAAGUGCGCGGGAGUGUCUCGGCCACUGACCAGCUGGCAUCAUGGUGCCUCCUUUGCUGGAAGUGGCUCACGCUUUUUGCUGCCCAAACGGGGUUCGAGGAACUUUGAGUUGGAAUUGCGGGCAUGGAGGACUCCUGGCCUUCGGCACGUCCUGCUCCGUGGUUCUCUACGACCCUCAGAGAAGGGUAGUUGUCAACAAUCUGAAUGGUCACACCGCCCGAGUCAAUUGCCUGGAGUGGAUACGUAGACGGGAUGGCUCCUCUUCCUCUGAAUUGGUGUCUGGAGGAUCCGACAAUCGAGUGAUUCACUGGGAAUUAGAGAAUAAUAAGGUUUUAAAAGCAUUCCGUCUCCAAGGCCAUGAAGGACCUGUUUAUUCCGUGCAUGCUGUUUACGUGAGUGAGCCACCUGAUGUGGUGCAUUCUCUGAUAGCUUCUGCAGCUGCAGAUUCCACAGUUCGACUGUGGUCUAAAAAGGGCUCAGAAGUAAAAUACCUUCAGACCUUGACCUUCGGGGAUUCAACUAUUCUGACUGUCUGCCUUUCUCUUUUGCCUGGAACUACUGUCCCAGUGUUGUCGUGUGGUGCUGAUGACUGCAAAGUUCACAUAGCUGUUCAACGGGAUGGCCAGUUUCAGAAAGUGCUUUCUCUCAUUGGACAUGAUGACUGGAUAAGAGGAGCAGAGUGGGCAACCUUUGGUAGUGACCUUUUCCUAGCCAGCUGUUCACAGGAUUGCAUGAUAAGAAUAUGGAGACUGUAUAGGAAACCACCGCUUUUGAAAAAUGAAGGAAACUUAAGAACUGUGAGAAUGAAGGAAAGUACUUUCACUGUACGACAUGGAGAUACUAGCAUCACGUGUGCGAUGGCCCUGGAGACCCUGCUGGCUGGACAUGAGAACUGGGUAAACGCAGUUCAUUGGCAGCCUCCAUUUUACAAAGAUGGUGUUCUGCAGCAGCCAGUGAGACUGCUGUCCGCCUCCAUGGACAAGACCAUGAUUCUCUGGGCUCCAGAUGAAGAGUCAGGGAUUUGGCUAGAACAGGUUCGAGUAGGUGAAGUAGGUGGAAAUACCCUGGGGUUUUAUGAUUGCCAGUUUGGAGAGAAUGGGACCAUGAUCAUCGCGCAUGCAUUCCAUGGAGCACUGCACCUUUGGAAGCAGAGUACAGUAAACCCAAGACAGUGGGUUCCAGGCAUUGUCAUUUCAGGACACUUUAGUGGUGUCCAAGACCUAAUAUGGGAUCCAGAGGGAGAAUUCAUUAUCACCACUAGUACUGAUCAAACAACUCGCCUUUUUGCUCCAUGGAAGAGACGAGGCUAUCAGGAGACUUGGCAUGAGAUUGCAAGGCCUCAGAUACAUGGUUAUGACCUGAAAUGUUUAGCAAUGAUUGAUCGGUUUCAGUUUGUGUCUGGAGCAGAUGAAAAAGUUCUUCGUGUUUUUUCUGCUCCUCGGAAUUUUGUGGAAAAUUUUUGUACCAUUUCAGGGCAGUCACUGAAUUAUAUGCUUUGCGAUGAAAACAAUGAACUCCCAGAAGGAGCCACUGUUCCUGCUUUGGGGUUGUCAAACAAAGCUGUCUUUGAGGGAGACUUGGUCACUCAGAAUUCUGAUGAGGAGGAGCUUUUAACUAGCCCUGCCUUUGGGUAUCCUGAAGUGAUUUUUCAGCCUGCUAUCCUUUCUGAGCCUCCCACUGAGGAUCACCUUCUGCAGAACACCUUGUGGCCUGAAGUUCAGAAACUGUAUGGACACGGCUUUGAGAUAGUUUGUGUUACUUGUAACAAUUCUAAGACUCUGCUUGCCUCUGCUUGUAAGGCAGCUCAGAAGGAACAUGCAGUUAUCAUUCUUUGGAGCACAGCGUCUUGGAAACAAGUGCAGAGUCUUGCUUACCACACGCUGACUGUCACGCAGAUGGCCUUCUCACCUGAUGACAAGUUCUUACUGGCUGUUUCCAGAGAUCGAACCUGGUCAUUGUGGAAGAGGCAGGAUGUGGCUUCACCUGAGUUCGACCCAUUUUUCAGUCUCUUUGCAUUCACCAACAAAAUCACUUCUGUGCAUAGUAGAAUCAUCUGGUCUUGUGAUUGGAGUCCUGAUAGCAAGUAUUUCUUCACUGGAAGUCGAGAUAAAAAGGUGGUCGUCUGGGGCGAGUGUAAUUCCAACAGUGACCGCACGGAGCACAACAUUGGUCCCUGCUCUUCUGUCCUGGAUAUGGGCAGUUCUGUGACAGCUGUCAGUGUCUGCCCUGUGCUGAGCCUACCCCACAGAUACGUGGUUGCAAUCGGAUUAGAGAACGGGAAGAUUUGUUUAUUCUCCUGGAAAAAGACGAGCCAAGAAGUCAAUGACUGGACCCGGUUUAUAGAGACAAAUCCGAGUGAAGGUCACACGCUUGGUAUCAGAAGGUUAUCCUGGAAGAACUGUAGUAGAAACGCUAGGCGGAAUGACGCAGACGCUGACUGGCUGCACUUUGCAAGCUGUGGCGAAGAUCACACCGUGAAGAUUUACAGGGUUAACAGAUAUGCACUGAUUGACUUGAUCACACCCUGCUAGUCCUGAUAUGUCUUAAAGUGUGUGUUAUGUAAAUAGGUCCCCUUUCUUUACCUUCGUGAUUGAAUGAGUUUCCCUAUCUGGGCCUUAGUCCUUCCAGUCUCCUGAAGGCCGUGGACGCUUUCCCUUGUUACGUAGUACACACACACCCAUCCAGAACCUUCUCUGUGCUGUCAGAGAUGGUUGGAUCUACCUUUGUGCGGUCCAGAUUAAGAACAUUUGUUCUUCAUGGCCAAAUUUGUCUGAUUUUGCAUUAUGUGGAGUCUUUAGCUCUCUGUGUCUGUUUUAUGUUGUGACAAAUGCUAGAGCAUGGGUACUCGGUAAAGAAAAAGGUUUGUGUAGCUAAGAUCUUGUUCUGGGGUUUAAGAGCCUGGCCCUGAAAUCUGCUUGGUUCUGGAGAGGGCCUUGUGGGUGGGAUGACAAUAAUGAGAAAUGUGUCUGGAUUAGGGAGAUCACAUGAUGGGACAGUGAUGUGGAAUUCCUCUCUGUAUGCUGCGAAUGUUUUAUGACCAUUGGUUAAUAAAGAAGCUGCUUUGGCCUGUGGCAGGGCAGAAUAUAGAGAGAUGGAAAAACUAAACUGAAUGAAUAGAAGAUGGAGUCAAGUAGACACCAUGUAGCUGCUGAAGAAGAAAGAUGCCAGAACCUUACCUGUAAGCCACAGACUUGUGGCAAUAUGCAGAUGAAUAGAAAUGGGUUAACUUAAGAUGUAAGAGUUAUUAGUUAAUUAGAAGCCUGAGCUAAUAGGCCAAACAGUGUUGUGAUUAA